CGCGCUCUGUGUGUGUGUCGCUGUCUCCGCCGACUCCAGAUCCAGACCGGACCGGACCGGACCGGACCCAACGUCGAUUCAACCUUCAAACAUGGCGCUGGCGGGUGUGUCGGACCCUGAGCAGCUCUUUCAAAAGUUGGAGCGCGUCGGUAAAGGUUCUUUCGGCGAGGUCUUCAAGGGCAUUGACAACCGAACCAAGGAUGUUGUUGCCAUCAAGCUCAUCGAUCUUGAGAAUGCCGAGGAUGAGAUUGAAGAUAUCCAGCAGGAAAUGACCGUCCUUGCUACGUGUGACAGCCCCUAUGUGACGCGAUACUAUGGGUCCUACCUCAAGGGCCCCACACUCUGGAUCAUUCAAGAGUUCCUUGGUGGCGGCUCUGCCUUGGACCUCAUGAAGCCUGGACCUUUUGAUGAAAACGCCAUUGCCAUCAUCCUUCGCGAAGUGCUCAAGGGCCUUGAAUACCUGCACGAGUCGGGCAAGAUUCAUCGCGAUAUCAAGGCUGCCAACGUUCUCCUGGCAGAAAACGGUGACGUCAAGCUGGCUGACUUUGGUGUCGCCGGCCAGAUCUCGGACACCAUGACAAAGCGCUCCACGUUUGUCGGCACUCCCUUUUGGAUGGCCCCCGAGGUCAUCAAGCAAACCCCUUACGGCAUUUCGGCGGACGUGUGGUCCUUUGGCAUCACCGCCAUUGAGCUGGCCAAGGGCGAGCCGCCAAACUCAGAGCUCCACCCCAUGCGCGUGCUCUUCCUCAUCCCCAAGAACCCGCCUCCGUCCUUGGAGGGUAACUUUACCAAACCUUUCAAGGACAUGAUUGCCAGCUGCCUGCAAAAGGAACCCGCAGACCGCCCCACCGUUUCGGAUCUCCUUAAGCACAAGUUUAUUACCAAAGCCAAAAAGACCAGCGCCCUGGUUGAUUGGAUCACUCGCUAUCGCAAGUGGAGGGAAAAGAAGGCUGCUGGCAACGAUGAUGAUUCUAGCGAUGACUCAAGUGACGAUGAAGCGCCCAUGCCCGCGGCAGAGGCACCCAGCUGGGCUUUUGAUACCGUCAAGGGCCCCAUCGUGUCCUCGGGACUCAAAAAGGGUGCCGGCGGCCAGGAGAAGAAAGCGCCACUGGAGGGCGUCAUUAUGCCAGCUCUGGAUCAUGUCAAAUCCACCAUCCAAAGCAGUGAUGCCCCCUUCCAUGAUGCCAGUUUCAACGAGCUGGUGCAGGCUUUCAAGUUGGCUGAGGUUUGUAAACGCUUCCCGUCCAAUGCACAGCCAAUGCCAGCGCCACUAAAACAUUCACGCGCCCCUUUUUUUGGCCUGCGGUUUGCCCAUGCUUUCAUCAAAUGUUUGGAAUAG